AUGUGGAGUUGCCGGCUUGGCUAUGCAGCCACCAUCGUCCUAGCCAUCGCCCAAUCCGCCACCGCCAUCAAGCCAAACGGGGUCCCAAGCCUCCCAGAAAGCCUCAGACUCAAAUAUGGCCAGGUAGCCUUGUCUAGCAGCAUCCAAGAGUUGAACGUCUCCGUGCCCGUCGACCACUUCCACAACGAGACCCAGUACGAGCCUCACUCGGACGACUUCUUCCCGCUCCGGUACUUCCUGGAACCAUCCUACUACAAGCCCGGUGGCCCUGUUAUCGUCAUCGCCGCCGGCGAAGUCACCGCCGAGUACCGCAAGCCGCUGCUCAGCGACAGCGUCGGCGCGCUCCUUGCCCGCGCCACCUCCGGCCUCCUGCUCGUGCUCGAGCACCGCUACUACGGCAGCAGCUUCCCCGUGUCGGACCUGUCCGGCAGCAACUACCGCUUCCUCACCACUGAGCAGGCCGUAGCCGACGCCGCCUACUUUGCGCAGCACGCGCAGUUUCCGGGGCUGGAGGACCAGAACCUCACGUCGGCGAGCACGCCGUGGAUCAUCUACGGCGGGUCGUACGCGGGCGCGUUCGCGGCGAUCGCGAGGAAGCUACACCCGGACGCGUUCUGGGGCGCCAUCUCGUCCUCGGGGGUGACGAGGGCCGUGUACGACUACUGGGAGUACAACGAGGCGGCGCGGCUGUUCGCACCGGGCGACUGCGGGCCGACCAUGGCCAACAUGACGUACGUGGUGGACACGGCGCUGUUCAGCAGCGACAGCAGCAAGUCCGGCACGAUUAAGGGUUUGUUUGGGUCCAGCUCUUCGGUCAGCGACGCGGACUUUGGGUCGAGUAUUGCGCAUCCGUCGUCGGCGAUGCAGGACGAGAGCUGGGUUCAGGGCGGGAGCGACACGACGCUCGACAGGUACUGCGCGACCAUCACGUCGGGGCAGCUGGCGUACCCGGGGCUGGAGCGCAGCCGGGCGACGGCGGAGCAGCUGGUGCAGGACGCCGGGCUAGACAAGGGCAGCGCGACGACGCUGCUCAACUACGUCGGCCUGCAGGGGCGCUCCAACCAGAAGCGACUGCGAGCAGCUCAGGUACAGCAACGAAGCGCGCAGCUCAGCGACGGCGGCAGCUGGUACUACCAGACAUGCACCCAAUGGGGCUUCUUCAUCUCCGGAUCCGGCGUCCCGGCCAGUACGCGCGGCAUCCUCUCCCGCGCCGUGACGCUCGACUACGCGGCGGGCGGGUGCCAGCAGUCCUUUGGCGUGGCCGGCCCGCCCAACGUGGACUCGAUCAACAAGUUGGGCGGCGUCAACUUCUCGUACCCGCGGGUGGCCGUCAUCGACGGGAAGCAGGACCCGUGGCGCGCCGCGACGCCGCACCGCAUCGGCGAGAACGCGGACCGCCAGAGCACCACGGAGCAGCCCUUCAUCCUGAUCGACCCGGCGACGCACCACUGGGACGAGGACGACGUGCCGGCGAGCCAGUACAAGCCGGGGUACCCGCCGAAGCAGAUUGUCGACGUGCACGACCAGGAGGUGGCGUUUGUCAAGGCCUGGGUCAAGGAGUUUCACGAUUCUAAAAGUGGCUCUUCGUAG